CCGGGCGGCGCUCGCUCUUCGCGUGAGCAUCGUUCGCAGGAGCGCGGGAUCCCCAGCCCCUCCGCGGGCCGCCCAGCGCGGCGGGAUGGCAGCGGCCGGGCGGGCUCGGGACUGGGCACCGGGGUCGGUGCUGCCGCUGCUGUCGCUGCUGUCGCUGCUGCUGGUGCAGGCGGGGUGCGCGGCGGCUCGACACCCGCCGGCCCCGGCCCGCCUCAGCCUGCACCCGCCCUACUUCAACCUGGCCGAGGCGGCCAGGAUUUGGGCCACGGCCACCUGCGGGGAGCGGGAGCCCGGGGGCGCGCGGCCCCGGCCCGAGCUCUACUGCAAGUUGGUGGGGGGCCCCACCGCCCCAGGCAGCGGCCACACCAUCCAGGGGCAGUUCUGUGACUACUGCAAUUCUGAGGACCCCAGGAAAGCACACCCUGUCACCAAUGCAAUUGAUGGAUCAGAGCGUUGGUGGCAAAGCCCUCCCCUUUCAUCAGGCAUGCAGUACAACAAAGUCAACGUCACCCUGGACCUGGGGCAACUUUUCCAGGUGGCCUAUGUUUUAAUCAAAUUUGCAAAUUCUCCUCGCCCUGAUCUUUGGGUCUUGGAAAGAUCUGUUGACUUUGGAAGCACCUACUCACCUUGGCAAUAUUUUGCUCAUUCUAAAGUAGACUGUUUGGAACAGUUUGGGCAGGAAGCAAACAGGGCUGUCACCCGAGAUGAUGAUGUACUUUGUACUACGGAAUAUUCCCGGAUUGUGCCAUUGGAAAAUGGUGAGGUUGUGGUGUCCUUAAUAAAUGGUCGACCAGGUGCAAAAAAUUUUACUUUCUCUCACGCCCUGAGGGAAUUCACCAAGGCCACAAACAUCCGCCUACGUUUUCUCCGAACCAACACCCUUCUUGGACACCUCAUCUCCAAAGCACAGAGAGAUCCAACCGUCACCCGGCGGUAUUAUUACAGCAUAAAGGAUAUCAGCAUCGGUGGGCGGUGUGUUUGCAACGGCCAUGCUGAAGUAUGCAAUGCAAACAAUCCUGAAAAACUGUUUCGGUGUGAAUGCCAGCACAAUACUUGCGGGGAGACGUGUGAUCGCUGUUGCGCGGGGUACAGUCAGAGGCGUUGGCGGCCAGCCACGGGGAAGCAGAGCAAUGAGUGUGAAGCAUGCAACUGCCAUGGACACUCCACCGACUGUUACUAUGAUCCAGAUGUGGAGAGGCAGCAGGCAAGCUUGAAUAUCCAAGGCCUCUAUGCAGGUGGAGGGGUCUGCAUUAACUGUCAGCAUAACACAGCCGGUGUAAACUGUGAGAAGUGUGCUAAGGGCUAUUACCGCCCUUAUGGCAUUCCGGCCCACGCCCCCGAUGGCUGCAUUCCCUGCAGCUGCCACCCGGAGCACGCAGAGGACUGUGAGCAGGGCUCUGGCCGCUGCACCUGCAGGCCCAACUUCCGCGGAGACCACUGUGAGGAGUGUGCAGCCGGCUACUAUCAUUUCCCAGUUUGCUCCAGAAUUCCCAUCCUUCCUAUUUCUACUCCAAGUCCAGAGGAUCCAGUAGCUGGAGGUAUAAUAAAAGGCAAUUGGGGCUGUGACUGUAACUUGGAAGGAGUUCUCCCUGAAAUCUGUGAUGCCCAAGGGAGGUGCCUGUGCCGCCCAGGCGUCGGGGGCGCUCGGUGUGACGCCUGCCGCUCGGGUUUCUACUCCUUCCCUAUUUGCCAAGCCUGCCAGUGUUCAGCCCUUGGGUCCUACCAGACGCCCUGCAGCCCAGUGACUGGACAGUGUGAGUGCCGGCCGGGGAUCACGGGACAGCGGUGCGACAGGUGUCUCUCAGGCGCCUCUGAUUUCCCCCACUGCCAAGGCUCCAGCAAUGUCUGUGACCCAGCUGGAACUGUGGACUCCAGUUUGGGCCGUUGCCAAUGCAAGCUUCAUGUUGAAAGUCCUUCGUGUAGCCUCUGCAAACCAUUAUAUUGGAAUCUGGCCAAAGAAAACCCUGAUGGAUGUUCAGAAUGCCGAUGCCACAUGGCGGGAACCAUGAGUGGAAUUGGAGAGUGUGGGCAGUUAGAUGGUGACUGUCAUUGUAAAUCCCAUGUUGGUGGCGAUUCCUGUGACACAUGCGAAGAUGGAUAUUUUGCUUUGGAAAAGAGCAAUUACUUUGGGUGUCAAGGGUGUCGGUGUGAUGUCGGUGGAGCUGUCACGCCUGUAUGCAGCGGGCCCUCCGGAGUCUGCCAGUGCCGAGAGCACGUCGUGGGGAAGGCCUGCCAGCGGCCUGAAAACAACUACUAUUUUCCGGAUUUGCAUCACAUGAGGUACGAGAUUGAAGACGGCACUACACCCAGUGGAAGAGCACUUCGGUUUGGGUUUGAUCCCCUGGAAUUUCCAGAGUUCAGCUGGAGGGGAUACGCUCAGAUGACUCCGGUGCAGAAUGAAGUAAGAAUCAUGUUAAAUGUGGGGAAGUCAAGUCUCUCCUUGUUUCAUGUUGUUCUAAGAUAUAUGAACCCUGGAACUGAAGCAGUAUCUGGUCGUAUAACUAUUUAUCCAUCCUGGGCUAAGGCAGGUGCUGCUCAAAGCAAAGAGAUCAUAUUCCAGCCGAGUAAGGAGCCAGCCUUUGUCACCGUACCUGGAAAUGGUUUUGCAGACCCGUUUUCAAUUGUACCAGGGACAUGGAUUGCUUGCAUUAAAGUGGAGGGAGUCCUGCUGGACUACCUGGUGCUGCUCCCCAGGGAUUACUAUGAGGCCCCAUCGCUGCAGCUGCCGGUCACGGAGCCGUGUGCCAAUGUGGGCCAUCCCCAAGAGAAUUGUUUGCUUUACCAGCAUUUGCCAGUAACCCGAUUCCCUUGUGCCCUGGCUUGCGAGGCCAGACACUUCCUGCUUGACGGGGAGCCGAGACCCUUGGCAGUGAGGCAGCCCACCCCCGCGCACCCAGUCAUGGUGGACCUCAGUGGAAGAGAGGUGGAGCUGCACCUGCGGCUGCGGGUCCCACGGGUCGGCCGCUACGUCAUCAUGGUCGAGUACGCCGCGGAAGCAGACCAGCUGUCUGAGGCCGCAGUGCACGUGCAGAGCCCCGGGGCUGACCUGGCAGGCUGGGUGGACAUCUACAGCUGCAAGUACUGCGUCCUCUGCCGCAGCGCUGUGACUGACGGCAGGGGUCGCCUCGCCGUGUACGAGCUGUUAGCAGAUGUGGACGUUCGGCUCAGAGCCCGGAUGGCCCAAUUCCUUCUGCAUCAAGUUUGUAUCAUACCCACUGAAGAAUUCUCAACAGAAUAUUUGAGACCUCACGUCAAAUGCAUUGCCAGUUAUGGGCGAUUUGUUAAUCAAAGUGCCUCCUGUGUCUCCCUGGUCCCUGAAACUCCUCCGACAGCACUAAUUUUGGAUGUCCCGACUGGUGGGUCUUCCCCUCGCCUGCCGGAGGAUCCUUCACCUCCAGCCGAUGCUGUUCUUGGGGUCACCUUGAAGGCCCCGCAGAACCAGGUGACCCUUCAAGGCCUAGUACCACGCCCAGGUCGGUAUGUCAUCGUCGUCCAUUUUUAUCAACCAGCACAUCCAACGUUCCCGGCACAGGUGUCUGUGGAUGGAGGACAGCUGCAGGCAGGUGUCUUCCGGGCCUCUUUUUGCCCCCAUGUGCUUGGCUGCCGGGACCAAGUGAUCACCGGAGAUCAGGUUGAGUUUGACAUCUCGGAGCCGGAGGUGGCCCUGACUGUGACAAUUCCAGAGGGAAAGUCCUUAGUUUUGGUCCGUGUCCUAGUGGUGCCUGCAGGGAAUUACGACUACCAGAUCCUUCACAGAAAAUCACUGGACAAGUCGCUGGAGUUUGUCACCAAUUGUGGAGGAGACAGUUUUUAUAUUGACCCCCAGAGAGCCUCUGAAUUCUGUAAGAAUUCUGCCAGAUCCCUGGUGGCCCUUUACCACGAGGGCGCACUGCCUUGCGAGUGCCACCCUGCCGGGGCCAUCGGCCACCCCUGCAGCCCCGAGGGCGGGCAGUGCCCGUGCCGGCCCCAUGUCAUCGGGCGGCAGUGUACCCGCUGUCAGACAGGCUUCUACGGGUUCCCGCACUGCAAACCUUGCAACUGCGGCCGGCGCCUCUGUGAGGAGACGACAGGGCGGUGCCUGUGUCCUCCCCGGACGGUCAGGCCCCAGUGUGACCUGUGUGAGGUGCACUCCUUCAGCUUCCACCCCCUGGCCGGCUGCGAAGGCUGCAAUUGUUCCCGGAUGGGCACCGACAGAGCCGCCACCCUGGAGUGCGACAGGGACCACGGGCAGUGCAGAUGCAAGCCCAGAAUCACAGGGCGGCAGUGUGACCGGUGUACUCCCGGCUUCUACCGCUUUCCUGAGUGCCUCCCCUGCCACUGCAGCAGAGAUGGGACCAAGCCGGGAGUCUGUGACCCGGGCACCGGGGCGUGUCUCUGCAAGGAAAACGUGCAAGGCACAGAAUGCAACAUGUGUCGGGAAGGGUCAUUCUACCUGGACCCAGCGAAUCCCAAGGGUUGUACCAGCUGCUUUUGUUUCGGAGUCAGUCAUCACUGUCACAGCACUCAUAAGAGAAGGGCUAAGCUUGUGGACAUGAUGGGCUGGCGCCUGCAGACAGCGGACGGAGUGGACAUCCCUGUCUCCUUCAACCCCGGCAGCGGCAGUAUGGUGGCCGACCUCCAGGAACUGCCUGCCACGGUCCUCAGCGCGUCCUGGGUAGCCCCGCCUUCCUACCUGGGGGACAAGAUUUCCUCGUACGGCGGGUACCUCACCUACCAGAUCAAGUCGUUUGGACUACCUGCUGACAUGGUUCCUCUGGAAAGGAAGCCAGCUGUGCAGCUCAUUGGUCAGCACAUGUCCGUCAUCUACCAUGAGCCAAAUCACCCCCGGCCAGACCGGCUGCAUCAUGGGAGAGUGCAGAUGGUGGAGGCAAACUUCAGACAUGCCAGUAGCCAUGCCCCCGUGUCCCGGGAGGAGCUGAUGACCGUGCUGUCUAGACUGCAAGGUGUGCACCUCCGGGGCCUCUACUUCACCGAGACGCAGCGGCUCACCCUGAGCGGGGUGGGGCUGGAGGAGGCCUCGGAAACAGGAAGUGGACGUCGAGCACAGAGCGUGGAGAUGUGUGCCUGCCCCCCUGACUACACUGGUGACUCCUGCCAGGGAUGCAGCCCUGGAUACUAUCGUGAGAACAAAGGCUUAUACACCGGACGGUGUGUUCCCUGCAACUGUAACGGGCAUUCCAAUCGCUGCCAGGAUGGCUCGGGAGUAUGCAUUAACUGCCAGCAUAACACUGCAGGGGAACACUGUGAGCGCUGUAAAGAGGGUUACUAUUGGAACACCGUUCAUGCAUCCUGUAGAGUCUGCCCAUGUCCUCAUUCAGACAGUUUUGCCACCGGCUGUGUUGUGACUGGAGAAAACAUCAAGUGCUUCUGCAAACCUGGAUACACAGGAACACGCUGUGAAAGGUGUGCUCCCGGAUAUUUUGGAAAUCCCCAGAAAUUUGGAGGCAGCUGCCAGCCAUGCAAUUGUAACAGCAACGGCCAGUUGGGCAGUUGUGACCCCCUGAACGGAGACUGCAUAAGCCAGGAACCCAAAGAUGAUGGUCCCGGAGAAGAAUGUGACGAUUGUGACAGCUGUGUGAUGGCGCUUUUGAACGACCUGGCCACCAUGGACGAUGAGCUGCGCCUGGUCAAGUCUCAGCUGCAGGGCCUGAGUGUCAGCGCAGGGACCCUGGAGCAGAUAAGGCGCUUGGAGACCCAGACCAAGGACUUGAGGAACCAGCUGCUCAGCUACCGUCCCACCAUUUCAAAUCAUAAAUCAAAAAUGGAUGGUCUGGAAAAAGAACUGAGUAACUUGAAUCGUGAAUUUGAAACUUUGCAAGAAAAGGUUCAAAUAAAUUCCAGAAAAGCACAAACAUUAUAUAACAACAUUGAUCAGACAACCCAAAGUGCAAAAGAGCUGGACUCGAAGAUUAAAAAUGUCAUCCGGAAUGUGCACAUUCUCGUGAAGCAGAUAUCUGGGACGGAGGGAGAUGGAAACAGGGUGCCUUCAGGUGAUUUUUCCAGAGAGCUGGCUGAAGCAGGGCGCAUGAUGAGGGAACUGAGGACCCGCAACUUUGGGAAGCACCUGAGGGAUGCCGAAGCUGAGAGGAGGGAGGCUCAGCAAUUGCUGAAUCGGAUAAGGAGCUGGCUGGAAAACCACCAGGUGGAGAACAAUGGACUGGCGAAGAAUAUACAAGAUGCUUUGAACGAUUAUGAAGCCAAACUCAGUGGCUUCCGUGCUGCUCUACAGGAGGCCAGCACCCAAGCAAAGCAGGCCACCAGCCUCAACCGGGAAAAUGAGAGGGCUUUGGAAUCCCUCAAGAGACAAGUUAAGGAAAUGAAUUCCCUCCAGAGUGACUUCACCAAGCGUCUAGCCACGGCAGAUUCUUCCUUAAUGCAAACUAAUAAUGUCCUGCAGUUGAUGAAGAAAAGCCAUGAGGAAUAUGAAAAAUUAGCUGUCACUUUAAAUGAAGUAAGACAUGAACUAAGUGACAAAGUGAGAGAACUUUCCAGAUCGGCCAGCAGAGCAUCUCUGGUGGAGGAGGCAGAGAGGCACUCGCAGUCCCUACAGGAGCUGGCCAAGCAGCUGGAGGAGAUCAAGAGGAACGCCAGUGGGGAUGAGCUGGUGCGCUGUGCUGUGGACGCUGCCACUGCCUACGAGAACAUCCUCAACGCCAUCAAAGCGGCCGAGGAUGCGGCCGACAAGGCCACCACUGCGUCUGAGGCUGCUCUCCAGACAGUAAUAAAGGAAGAUCUUCCAAGAAAAGCAAAAACUCUGAGUUCCAACAGUGAUAAACUGUUAAACGAAGCCAAGAUAACACAGCAGAAGCUACAGCAAGAAAUCAGCCCAGCUCUCAACAACCUGCAGCAAACACUGAAAACUAUGACAGUUCAGAAAGGCCUGAUAGACACCAAUCUCACCAGCAUCCGAGGUGAUCUUCAUGGAAUACGGAGAGAUGACAUCGAUGGCAUAAUCAAUAGUGCAAAGAGCCUGGUCAGAAACGCCAAUGACAUCACAAAUGAGGUUCUAGAUGGGCUCAACCCCAUUCAGACAGAUGUGGAAAGAAUUAAGGAUACCUAUAGGAGCACCCAGAGCGAAGACUUCAACAAGGCUCUCAGUGAUGCGGAUAAUUCAGUGAAGAAAUUAACUAACAAACUGCCUGAUCUUUUGAGUAAAAUUGAAAGUAUCAACCAACAGCUGUUGCCACUGGGCAACAUCUCUGACAACGUGGACCGCAUACGGGAACUAAUUCAGCAGGCCAGAGAUGCCGCAAAUAAGGUUGCCGUCCCCAUGAGAUUCAACGGUAGAUCUGGAGUUGAAGUCCGGCUGCCAAAUGACCUGGAAGACUUGAAAGGAUACACAUCUCUUUCUUUGUUUCUCCAAAGACCUGAAUCAACAGAAACUGGUGGGACCGAGAAUAUGUUUGUGAUGUACCUCGGAAAUAAAGAUGCUUCCAGGGACUACAUUGGCAUGGCUGUUUUAGACGGCCAGCUCACAUGCAUCUACAACCUGGGAGAGGAUGAGGCUGAACUCCAGGUGGACCAGACCUUGACCCAGAGCAAAACUCAGGAGGCAGUGAUGGACCGGGUGAAAUUCCAGAGAAUUUAUCAGUUUGCAAGGCUUAAUUACACCCUAAAAGCCACCUCCAGUAAGCCAGAAACACAUCAAUUCCAUGACAUGGAUAGUGGGAAUAGCAACACACUCCUCAAUUUGGAUCCUGAAAAUGCCGUGUUCUAUGUUGGAGGUUAUCCAUCUGAUUUUAGACCUCCUAGUAGACUGAGAUUCCCUCCAUACAAAGGUUGUAUUGAAUUAGAUGACCUCAAUGAAAAUGUUCUGAGCUUGUACAACUUCAAAAAGACUUUCAAUCUCAACACAACAGAAGUGGAGCCUUGUAGAAGGAGAAAAGAAGAAUCAGACAAAAAUUAUUUUGAAGGUACAGGCUAUGCUCGAGUUCCAACUCAGCCAAACGCCCCCUUCCCCACCUUUGGACAGACGAUUCAGACCACUGUGGACAGAGGUUUGCUGUUUUUUGCAGAAAACCAGGAUCAUUUCAUAUCUCUGAAUGUAGAAGAUGGCCGACUCAUGGUGCGGUACAAACUGAAUUCAGAGCUGCCUAAAGAAAAAGGAAUCAGAGACAUCAUAAACGACGGGAAGGAUCAUUUGAUUCAGAUCAAAAUUGGAAAAGUCCAACAACGUAUGUGGAUAAAUGUGGAUAUUCAAAGUGUUAAAAUUGAAGAUGAUAUAUUUGAUUUCAGCACAUACUAUCUGGGGGGAAUUCCCAUUUCCAUCAGGGAAAGGUUUAACAUUUCUACACCUGCUUUCCGAGGCUGCAUGAAGAACCUGAAGAAGACCACUGGCGUUGUCAGAUUGAAUGAUACAGUGGGAGUAACAAAAAAGUGCUCAGAAGACUGGAAGCUCGUGCGAUCUGCCUCAUUCUCCAGGGGAGGACAGUUGAGUUUCACCAAUUUGGACUUCCCAUCAUCCAGCCACUUCCAAGCCUCCUUCGGAUUUCAGACCUUUCAACCCAGUGGCAUCUUAUUAAGUCAUCAGACAGGGGCGAGCAGCGUGCAGGUCACCCUGGAAGACGGUCACAUUGAACUGAGCACCAGGGACAGCAGCAGCCCGAUUUUCACAUCUCCACAGACGUACAUGGAUGGUUUACUACAUUAUGUGUCUGUAAUAAGCGACAACUCUGGACUCCGGCUCCUCAUUGAUGACCAGCCUCUGAAGAAUAGCCAAAGGCUUCGAGGCCUUUCAGAUUUCCAGCAGUCCCUGCGUCUGGGCGGGAGUCAUUUCGAGGGCUGCAUCAGCAAUGUUUUCAUCCAGAGAUCAUCAGAGAGUCCCGAAGUCCUGGAUCUGGCCAGUAAAUCUUCCAAGAGAGAUGUGUCCCUGGGAUUCUGCAGUUUAAAUGAACCACCUUUUCUAAUGUUGCUUAAAGGGUCCACAAGGUUUUACAAAGCCAAGACUUUCAGUAUCCACCAGCCAUUGCAGGAUGCGCCAGCCAUCUCCCCGAGGAGCUCGAAGGCAUGGAGAGAGGCUCAGUCUUGCCCACCACUUCCAGGCGUCCAGACCAGCCACAGAGCCCUCCGGUUUGGGGACAGUCCCACCAGCCACUUGUUAUUCAUGCUUCCCCAGGAGUUGCUGAAACCCAGGUCACAGUUUGCCGUGGAUGUGCUGACAACAGCGUCCAGAGGGCUGGUGUUUUAUACGGGGACUAGGAGCUCCUUUAUGGCUCUUUAUCUUUCAAAAGGACGGCUGGUCUUUGCCCUGGGGGCAGAAGGGAAAAAACUGAAACUCAAAAGCAGAGAGAAGUGCAGUGACGGGAAGUGGCACACGGUGACAUUUGGGCAAAAUGGAGGCAAGGGGCGCAUGGUUGUGGAUGGUCUGAGGACUCGGGAGGGACGUCUGCCUGGAAAUUCCACCAUCAGCCUCAGAGCGCCAGUUUACUUGGGAUCGGCUCCAUCAGGGAAGCCAAAGAGCCUCCCCCAGAACAGCUUUGUGGGCUGCCUGAGGAACUUUCAGUUGGAUCUGAAACCCCUGGAAACCCCUUCUGCAAGUUUUGGGGUGUCUCCCUGCUUGGGUGGCUCUUUGGAGAAAGGCAUUUAUUUCUCCCAAGAAGGAGGUCAUAUCAUCCUAGCUAACUCUGUGUCACUGGGGCCAGAAUUUAAGCUUGUUUUCAGCAUUCGUCCGAGAAGCCUCACUGGAAUUCUCAUUCACAUUGGAAGUCAACCGGGGGAGCACUUAGGCGUUUAUAUGGAAGCAGGAAAGGUCACGGCCUCUGUGGGCAGUGAGGCAGGUGGGGUCUUGACAUCGGUGACACCCAAGCAGGCUCUGUGUGAUGGACAGUGGCACUCGGUGGCAGUCACCAUAAAACAGCACAUCCUGCACCUGAAACUGGACGCAGACGACAGCUACACGGCCGGACGACACCCCUUCCCGCCGGCCCGCCUGCUGGAGCGUCUGUACAUUGGAGGCGUGCCAGGGAAUCUGAAAACCCCGAAGCUUCCUGUGUGGACAUCCUUUUUUGGCUGCCUGAAGAAUAUUCAAGUCAACCACAUUCCUGUCCCUGUCACUGGAGCCGCAGAAGUUCAGGGGACUGUCAGCCUGAAUGGCUGUCCUGACCACUGACUCAGACCCCCUCACACAGCAAGGAAGUUCAUCUCCAGAAGCACUAAUGACCCAACACCCUUCCCUCUCCCCUCUCAAGGUUGUUCUUAACUUCAGACACCAUCCAAAUGCCUUUAAUAGUAGAUCUCACUUUUAAUUCCAACCACGUGUACCCAUCAUUUUGGCAUUCAGUGCUGCGUAUAUAUUUUAAAUCAAAAUCCCGUUUCUUAAAGAGGAUCAACAAAUUGUUACAUGCUCCUGGUAAUACCAUUUUCCACUAAAAGUUCAGUGUCUUUUAAAGAACAUUAUUUUCCACUUGUUAAAAAAAAUAAAUAUCUUUCAAAGCACUUUAAAACUACAAAAAUUUUUACAUGCGUCAAGAUGUUAUGAUUUCUGGGGUUGAAUAAACGCAGUGUGCUCUUUAAA